UGCUAAAGUUGCCAACAAACACUGACACGUCAGUUGUCAGGCUAAGCGGCCGACACUCGACAGAAAUAUUGACAUGGCAGGUUCACCGGGCGCUGUUAUCGCAAUAUUGUUAUGUAUAAUAUCUGCCGAAACAGUGUUAUCUAAUAAAGCCCGUAAUGUUCUCGUAUUACUCGCGGAUGAUGGAGGAUUCGAACUCGGUGUGUAUCGAAAUAAGAUUUGCCAAACACCAAACAUAGAUGCACUAGCGCGACGCAGCCUCAUCUUUAAUAAUGCUUUUUCUUCCGUUAGCAGUUGCUCGCCCAGUCGAGCUGCACUUUUAACUGGUACGCCAAGUCAUCAAAAUGGCAUGUACGGGUUGCAUCAUGGAGUACAUCAUUUCAAUUCCUUCGAUAAUGUUACAAGUUUGCCAAAAAUAUUGCGGGAAAAUGGAAUCUACACAGGUAUAAUUGGUAAGAAGCAUGUUGGGCCCCAGAGUGUAUAUCAAUUUGACUUCGAGCAGACGGAAGAAAACAACCACAUCAAUCAAGUAGGCCGUAACAUUACGCAUAUGAAACUGCUCGCAAGAAAAUUCCUCGAAGAAGCCAAUAAGCAAAACAAGCCCUUCUUCCUGUACGUUGGAUUCCAUGAUCCGCAUCGCUGUGGACAUAGCGAGCCUCAGUGGGGACCUUUCUGCGAACGAUUCGGCUCGGGUGAGCCUGGCGCUGGACUGAUCCCAGACUGGAAGCCCUGGUACUACCAGUGGGAUGAGGUGCAGCUGCCGUACCAUGUUCAAGAUACUGAAGCUGCGCGAAGGGAUAUUGCAGCACAGUACACAACUAUGUCAAGACUUGAUCAAGGUGUUGCUCUCAUGCUCAAAGAAAUAGAAACAGCGGGACACAAGGACGACACACUGGUCGUGUAUACAUCUGAUAAUGGAAUUCCCUUCCCAUCCGGUCGAACAAACUUCUAUGACCCCGGCCUUCGAGAACCUCUAAUUAUUUCGUCACCUGAACCUAAUGCUAGGAAAAAUGAAGUGUCUGGUGCUAUGGUCAGCUUGCUGGACAUCAUGCCCACUGUGCUGGACUGGUUUGGAAUUAAAAGAGAACAGGAAAUGAGCAAUGACAUAUGGGGUGAUGACCAGCCAAAAAGCUUACUGCCGGUCUUAGAAAAGGAGCCGCCACAUUCAGAUAAAGAAGCAAUAUUUGCAUCACAAACACAUCACGAGAUUACCAUGUACUAUCCGAUGCGAGCCGUGCGCACGCGUCGUUACAAACUUAUUCAUAAUCUGAACUACGGAAUGCCCUUCCCAAUAGAUCAAGAUUUAUAUGUCUCCCCUACUUUCCAGGAUAUCCUUAAUCGUACCCGCAGUAAGCAGCAGCUGCCGUGGUACAAAACGCUCAAGCAGUAUUACUACCGAUCACAGUGGGAACUAUAUGAUUUGAAAAGUGAUCCCGAGGAGAUCAAUAAUUUACAUGGUAAACCGUCACUGGAGGAAGUCGAAUCAACUUUGCGCGAACGUCUUCACGAAUGGCAGCGCUCCACUCGCGACCCGUGGCUGUGCUCGCCCGACGCCGUGCUGGAGCGCGACGACAGCAGCGCCGUGUGCCGCUCGCUCGACAACGGCCUCUCGCACUACCAUCCGAGGUAGUCGGCACUGAUCUUUUGUUGAGAUUUGUUAAAUAAUGUCGAGUCCUCUUCUUACAAUUGACGUGACAUUGACGUGUUUAAUUAAACACACGCUAAACGACCUAUAAAGGGCCGACGAAGUUUUUUUAAUAUAAUUAAUGAUUAAAAAUGUUAUUACUAAUUUUCACAGAAACAACGUGUGCAAAUAUAUAGUUAAGCAAUUUCAUAUAAAGUUUAAAAAACUGAACCUCAUAAACAAAGGAAUAAAAUAUAGAAUUUGUAAGUCGAAAGCGGAACUUAAGUUUAUUUACAGAAACAAGUGAAUGUUAGGACGUAUUUGAUAUAUAUUUUUUUCCUUCUCAAGACUAUACAAUAUUCCAAUGACAAAUAGAUCUCUGCCAAUGAUGUCAAUUCGAGAUUAAACUUUUUUAUUUACCAUAAAGCUGUAAUUUUCCAAUUUAAGGUAAAUAUAUAAAUAUCUAUAUUCUAUACAUAAGAUCGUAAACGGACUGCGGAGUGUUUAGAAUUAACGCGAGAGCUGAUCGCUAUGCCAUGUUAAGUGUCGUCAAAGGCACAAAAACUAACAUAUCGGUAGCUAGUUUACACAUAGUUAUUGUUAUAAUUAUGAAAUAUGAACCAAUUCUAAUAAAAUUAAAUAAGUAGUUGAAAUUGAGUAGGAACACAUUACUUUUUAGAGUUAAGUACUUGUGAAUCUCUUUAUAAAACGAUACAUCGUUAACUUUAUUAGUAUCAAUAGAUUGUCUUUAAUACUGAUGUUAAAAUUUAUUAUAA